UCAGAGAACCUAUAUCCCUUUAUUGGUUUCCCUAAAAUGUUGGUUUGAUGCCCACCCCUUUUUUUCCAUUUGCCCGUGUCUGCGAAGCAGCGGCGCAGGCAUACAAUCGUGAACAGCUUACGACACGCAGCGAGCGCAGGGUGCCUUUGCAUGCUGUGGCUACAUACUGCUCUGCUGGGAAGAAGGGAUGCGCGCUAUCUGUGUCUCGGUUUUUCCUCUCUCUGCUCUAAGCGUCUUCUAACAAGCCAAGCGAACCAGGACUGGGGGAAUAAAGCCAUCUUUAAGCCGGUCCGGUCAGCGCGACAGACGGUAUGCGGUCUCGGUGGAGUAAAAAGCUUGCCGCCGGUCUUCUCCAAUGAUGGAUACGAAAGAGACUGUCAGAUCCCGGGGAGCUGUUAAGUAAAAGGGUUUUUUUUUCUUCCUUUCUUUUUUGGAAGGGGGCUUCUUUCUUCCAUUCCCCCCCCCACCCCUCCUCUCUGAAUCCCCCACGUCACAGUAUUAACUGCAGAGGGGGGGAAAAAAGGACAGAAGGGGAGAGAGAGAGAGAGAAAAGGAAGGAAGGGGAGAAGAUACAGCCUUAUGCACAUACUUCUGGAACUUGCGGGUCAGCUUAAAAAAUCAGGAAGGGGGGACAAGCUAGCUGGACAUGCCUUUUGCCCUUUGAGACUCGGCAAAGGGAGACAUUGUGAGCCUGCCAACCUCACAGAGAGCCGAAAAAAGAGACAGCAUUGGGAGCAACAGAGAGCUCCUUUUUAGCCCUGCAUAUAAUUAAGUCCAAACACAAAGGAAGCUGCUGAAUGGAGGCUGUCACUCUCUGGAAAAGGGUGGGUAAGACAUUUUUUUUAAUUUAAUUCUUUCCUGAAGAGAGCGAGCGAGAGAGAGAGAUAUUUUCUUCUUAAUUGUUCUUCCCUUCUGCUGCAGCCUCUAACGUGGACGAGACCCCCCUUGUACCUUUUGAAUGCCUCUGAACUUUAACGCUGUACCGAUUUCUGCAUGCCGGGUUGACGGUGUUUUUUUUCCUAAAGAGACCCCCGAAGUGAAAUAUUUGGCCCCCCCAUGCCGCGCUCACUUUCGCCUGGCCCCCACCCCUUCCCCCCUAUUUUAUAUAUGGUAUGAUGUAGAAUUGGAAGGGCAAGGAAACUGACCGACAAACGAGUCCAUGGACAUUCUCAUGCGCCUUUGGGAAUAUUCUUGCUAAUGGAUUUCCUCCUUAUUGGUGUCUGUUUAAACUGGCUGCUAAGGAAGCCCCCCGGGUUGAUCCUGUGCACGCUGGCUCUCUUUUUCAAAAUGCUUCCAGCCGUGAAUAGUGGGUGUCCGCUGCUCUGCCGGUGUGAGGGCCGGCUAUUGUACUGCGAGUCCCUGAACCUCACAGAGAUGCCGCACAACCUGUCGGGCGUGAUGGGCUUGUCGCUGCGGUACAACAGCCUUUCCGAGCUGAGCGACGGACAGUUCACAGGGUUAACGCAACUCACGUGGCUCUAUCUGGAUCACAAUCACAUUUGCUCCGUGGAGGGCCAAGCCUUUCAAAAGCUCUCUCCGGAGGAGAUUUCCAACCAAGGAAAUCCAGCGCCACAACUGCCCAACACCACCUUCCGGCCCAUGCCAAACUUGCGCAGUGUGGAUUUAUCCUACAACAACCUGCAGGCUCUGGAGCCGGACCUGUUCCACGGGCUGCGGAAGCUGACAACAUUGCACUUGCGGUCCAACGCUCUCAAGUUUGUGCCUGUCCGCAUCUUCCAGGAUUGCCGCAGCCUCAAGUUUCUCGACAUAGGAUACAAUCAGUUGAAAAGCCUGGCUCGAAACUCUUUCGCGGGCCUGUUUAAGCUCACUGAGUUGCACCUGGAACACAAUGACUUGGUGAAAGUGAACUUGGCCCACUUCCCCCGGCUCAUGGCUCUGCACUCUCUCUGCCUGCGGAGGAAUAAGGUCACCAUUGUGGUGAAUUCCUUGGACUGGGUAUGGAAAUUAGAGAAACUGGACCUCUCGGGCAAUGAGAUCGAGUACAUGGAGCCGCAUGUUUUCGAGAGCGUACCUCACCUCCAGUCCCUGCAGCUGGAUUCCAACCGGCUCACCUACAUCCACCCGAGGAUCCUCAAGUCCUGGAAAUCCCUCAACAGCAUCAGCCUUUCUGCCAACGUCUGGGAUUGUGGCCGCAACAUCUGUGCCUUGGCCUCGUGGCUGAGCAACUUCAAAGGCCGCUAUGACAGCAACUUGCUCUGUGCCACCCCCGAGUAUGCCCAGGGCGAGGACGUCUUAGACGCGGUUUAUGCUUUUCACUUGUGCGAAGACGCCCUGGACCUGACAACCGAGGGCAAUCCGCAGUCGGCUGUAGCCAACAACAGUGACCAGCUGUUCAGCUACAGCCCGGCUACCCUGAACUAUGACGUGCAGGAGACCGAAGGGGACGGCACGACAAACGCUGUGACGGUAACUAUGCCCGGAGAGAACAGCGAGAACGCUGUUCAGAUCCACAAGGUUGUCACCGGGACCAUGGCCCUGAUCUUCUCCUUCCUCAUCGUGGUUUUGGUGUUGUACGUCUCCUGGAAGUGUUUCCCGGCCAGCCUCAGGCAACUGAGGCAGUGUUUCGUGUCACAGCGUAGAAAGCAAAAACAAAAACAGACCAUGCAUCAAAUGGCUGCCAUGUCAGCCCAGGAGUAUUACGUUGACUACAAACCCAAUCACAUCGAGGGGGCUUUGGUGAUCAUUAAUGAGUAUGGAUCCUGUACUUGCCACCAGCAGCCGGCAAGGGAAUGCGAGGUGUGAGCUUAUGCUGUUUUGUUUUAUUUUUAUUUUCCGGCAGGGGGAUCUGGAAGCAGUGCGAAACCAAAUAGCAAAGAGCAAAGCGAAAGACAGUCGGGGCAGGGCUGACUGCUGUUUACACGGAGCCGGCCUUUGCUGAAAUUAUAUUUAAAAGAGAGCUGUUAAACCUCCCCCCCCCCAAAAAAAAGAGAAAGACUUGAAAAUUUAGCUUUACUGUGGCUUAAAAACCUUCAAGACAGUCCACUUUAAAAAAAGAGAGAGAGAGAGAGAGAUUUCACUGGGCAGCUCUCUUUACUGAUCUGUUAAUAUUCAGAGCAAACCUGGGUGUAAAAAAAGAAAGAAAGAAAAGAAAGUACCAACUAUUGAUUUUUUUUUUUUUGUAAAAUGACAACAAAGAUAUGUUUAAAAUAAAAAGGAAAAUAGCAUUUACAGUUUUCCUAUAGACUGGUGUACAUUA